UAGUAAGGUUGGAGGCCACGAGGGCUGACCGGGUCCAUAAUACAGUAUCUAGACCAGUUUAUGAGACAUGAAGAUAUCAACCCUCAUAGAAGAAUUAAGUGGGAAGCUUCCUGUAGCAGCUUUAGAUGAAUUCAACACCAGUGUCGAAGAGAAGGGUGAUGCUCAAGGUGUCAUCCAUAGGUUUCUUCUUGCAUCAAAAAACUGUGAUGAAAUUCUUGAUCUGCUAUUGGUGGAUAAGCGCACUGGUAGUGAGCUUACAACAGUUUUCACAGCACUUGGCCAUAUUCUCUUUAAUAUUGCUGGUGAACUGAAGGAUUUCAGCAGUGUUGGUCUGCACAUCACCCGGCAAUUAUUGCACAAUCAUGAUGCAUUUAUAUAUAAACUCUUGACUCCAACCAGUACCAAUAAGGCUUGCAAGGCUGUGCUUCGCUGUCUUACAGGAAUGGUGAUGGUUGGUGGAGAAGCAGCCAAUGAGGUAUUACUGACUUUGGAUUGGCAUCUAAUCAAUAUUUCUAUUCUUGUGAGUCGCCAGAGCAUGAGAGAUGUUCGUGAUGUUCGUGCUUGGUGCAUUUACCUAUUUCUCGCUUUCCUCAAUGUCUCGGACGAACCACUUGUCAUCAAGCAGUUUCUUCAGAAAAAAGAUCUUUUAUCUGCAAUUUUUCCUGGUCUAAUGUGGGACCCUUGUGAACGUGUCAUCAACGUAUUGAAGGUCAUGCAUGAAUCAGUGUUGCUGAAUCCUGAUAUAUCAAAGACAAUGAAAGUAAAUUUAUUCACACCCGCCACAGCCAAAUCUCUCUUAGACUUGUACAAUUGGAUGGGACCACUUGGGAAACUGGCUAAAGGUGGGAGUGUGCAGGAUAUGGACAUUCACAUUGGGGGAAACUUACAGAAAGAAAGAGCUCAGAUCAUAGAGGUGUUGCAUAAGUUUUUGUAUUCACUGUGCUGUUCUACAAAGCAUGGAAUUCUUUUCCAAGAAAAACUUCAGGAAGGCCGAAUCCAAUCAAAUAAUUGGUGUCUCUAUAAGAUAGUAUCUAACUUGAAGACACCUUGGAAAAGUCCAGAGCAGUCUGAACUUAUAAGUGGUGUUUUAGGUGCUUGCCCUGAUCUUCUACAGGCAUAUCUUAAAACUCUCAAGGAUUUCCUUACUCCAAGACCAACAAAAUCAUUUAUUUCUCUUAUUAACAUGUUAACUCAAAUUAUUGAACAACAGAAGCCAUGGAAAAAGUUGGACACAAGAGGAAUUGCAGGAGUGUUUUCAUGUCUUUUACCACGACCUCUAGAUGUUAAAUUUUUCCAGUCAUUAGUGGGAUCUUGUUACAAAUCAAUAAGACAUUGUGGAUUAAUGCUUGUAUUUGCUAUUCUUUCCAAAAUUCAAGAAUCUAUAGAUAAUAUAAUGAAGAAUGAGGCAUAUUCUCAGGAAGUCAAAGAGCAAACUCGGAGAAAGUUGGUAAAUUCAGUUUUCAGGGUUCAGGGGUCGGUGAAGGAUAUUGUUCAAUGCUGGAAUGUUGCAACAGGUCAAGAGGCAGCAUCCAUUCAAGAUGAUGAAAAGAAUGUACUUCAAGAGGACACUGCUGAUCCAGUAGCAACUAUUACCGAACUCCUCACAAUUGCCAAGGUUUUGACUGUUUACACCCAACUACUACCUAAACAAACUUUCCAAGAACUCAUCAGUCCUCUAGAGAUGUUGCAGACUGUAAGAGUCUUACCAACUGAAGGCAGUGAUAGUGUAAAAAACACUAAAGACAAGUUAGAGCUGCAAAUGCUGUGCUUAGGCAUCAUUGCUGGUAGUAAACAAAGCCAAGAAGUUGCAGUGGACAGCUCACUGAGGUUGGGUGAUCAGAACCAACAAAUAGAGAAAAGCAUUAUAUUUCAGUUGAUAAGUACCUAUGCUCAGUCAAAGAGAGAGUUUAUGGCAACAGAAGGUGAGUCAGCAGUGCUCUCUGUAGGAGAUAGAUGCCUGGAGAUUUUAUCAAAUUUCCUUGCACAGACAGGACUAUCCUUUCAUUAUGACGGCAAUAUCAAAUUUUGGUUGAGACACAUUAGUGGCAGCAGUAUAGUAAAAUUGUCUUCUUUCUUAACUCAGAUUAUCCAGAAAACUGUCUCCUCCCUUAGUCACUAUACAGAUCAUCUUGUGGAGAUAGGAAACAAGAACCAGUUGAAUACCAGCAUUGAUGGCCAAGUUUCUUCCUUCGUAACAGAAUUAGGCACCAUGGAAGUCACUGAUAAUGAAGAUGUAUCUGCACUCUCCAUAUCCUUCCCAUUCUCCCGAUUGGUUCUUGCUACAAUUGAUCUCCUUGAAAGUUAUCUUGAUUCAGAAUACAUCCAGUAUUUCUCUAAUGUAAUUGAGGAUUAUCUUCUGUCCCUGAGUGAUCCAGGAUUCUUAGCGGAUAUACUAUUACAAAAUGAAAAUAUUCUGACAACAGACUUGAAAAAUUAUCUCAAAUGUAUGUUCAAAAAAUCAGAAACAGUGGUACAUGGGCCUCCAAGUACUUUUGAAAAUGCAAACCUUUCCGAGAUUCUUAAAUAUUUGUUUUUGACUCGUGAUUGGUCAUCAGUGAAGACAAUGCUAGAAGGACACAGGCUUAAAGAGUUGAUGGACAAAACUGACCUCGAUUUGGUUGUCUUGCAGCUUCUACUCUACUUGUAUCUUGACUCAUGUUCAGAGAAGAAUGGAGACAAUCUUAUAGAAAAAUACAUUGGAAUAUUAAAGUGUAUGUGCACUAUUAUUGAGGAAGACAGUGAUAAAAAUUUUAAACAAGUAAUCCAAGCAGUUUUGGAUCACCCCAGAAUAUUAGCAAACUACAAACCAUUUUCUCUUAAAAAGUCUCCCAUCACUGAAUUAGCCCAGGAGUUUAUUGAGUUAGUGCUAGAAAAGCAUCCUUCCCUUGCUCCCAAAACAUGUUCGUAUUUUGAAAAAAUAUUGAGAGAGAUAAAGAUACCAGUAAACAACAGGGAUAUUGAAGUUGAAUUUUGGAAGCCAGUGGCACCAUUCAUAACAUUAAAGAACACAGUUGCGAGCUAUGAAGCAGUUGAGCAGUUGUUAAUAAUUUGUCUGAAAGAUCCAUGUCAUUUAUCGCAUUCUCAGGAUAUUUUAGUUCUUGAGCUAGUAAAACUACUUUUGAAAGUAACAAGUGCUAAAAGGAUGCCUACAACUCAAUCAGUACAACUCUUGCUCACAAGCUAUAUAGAAUGGUGUAGGACUGCAGAAGAAAAUGAGACACUGGAAGCAAUUAUGAAGCAUAUGGAGCAACUCCUUACUCGAAUCACAAGUGAAGAAGUAGCUGCACACCUUACUACAGAUGACAUAAAAUGCCUAGUACGUGCUCGCACACCCUGCGUUGAUCUCUGCUGUCAGUUGAUGAAGCUGCAUCCUUCACAUGGCACAACACUUGUUAAACAUCUUAAAUCACAUCGGGCAGUUCUACCAUCUCAAGCCCCCCUCUUGGCAUUACUUUUAGACCAAGAUGAAACUAUGGCUACUGCAGAGUUAGCUCUUGCUAAGGUGUCUCGGAAAAUUAAAUUAUGGGCCCUUGAUAUAGAUGGUGAUGAUGAUGCAACUAGCAUACUCUUUGCCCUUGCUCUAAAAAAGAACCUAAUAGAUGAUGACUCUUUGUCUGAGAUAUGCUGCCAGCUGUAUGAAAAAAUGGUCACUCAGAAACAUCCUCCACCCAAGAAGUUUCUCUCUUUGGUGCCAGUUUUUCACAAGUUAUCCAACUCUGGGCCAGUACUGCCUAAAUUUGAUCUACCAGAAGAGGACUUGGCUUUGCUAAACAUCUGCUUAUGUUUCAUUCGAAGCACUUAUCAGAAAGAACUUCAAAAUACAAACCAGUUGCUGAAUGUUUCAAAUAUCAUAAAGGAAAUUCUUCCCAAACUUGGGCAGUCAUCCUACACUACCUUGGCACCCACCAAAAUAUGGUCAUCUUUUGUGAAACAAGUACUACGUAAUGGUCUCAGUGAUCAGAGUGUGGGGCCUGAUCUGAUACACACUUUGAACCUGUUGUGUGCAAAUUUAUAUAAAAAAGUCAGCCAAGGAAGAUAUGGAGAAGACAGUAGUCUACCUGUAACUACCCUUUACCAAAUGAUCAUGGCACACUCCCAGUAUCUCACACUCAUGUUCAAUAGAGCAGAAGAAUGGGGAAGGCUUAAAGAGGAAGUAGUCGCCUUGCAGCAAACUCUGGUUGACUGUGAAGAGACGGUCUGCCAGGAGAACCAUAUUCCCAUCUUAUUAGGAGCUUAUGGGGCUUCCAUGUCUGCAGUGGACCAACGCAUUUUGAAGCUGCUACACACCUAUGAGGGAAAAGGAUACAUGAAUGAUUAUCAACCGAUAUUGUGGGGUGAUACAGCUGUGGCUCACUUUGGUGUGCACUCCUCAAGCAUUGGCCUCGUCAGGGACCCUAAGCCAGAAGAAAUACUAAACCUGUUGAACAUGGACAAAAUUAUGCAGACUUGUUAUAAAUUUAAUACCAGACUACCAUUAGAACCAGGGGAGGUUCAGAAAGAAGACCCAUCCAUAUAUGACAUACGUUUCCUCAUACCUCUGAUGUUAUUCUUGGCUGAUGGAGACAAGUUGUACGAUAUUGAUUAUGCUGAGUGUGGGGCAGUAGCCCUGGGCUUUAUAGCAAUGACGUCACAUGAACGAGAAGUUUGGGGUUCUGGUGCUGCUCUUCUGAGAUGCAUGGUAGAAAAAAUGGAAGUGUCCAGGCAUCGUCGAUUAAAGUUACCGUGGUUAUGGCUGGUGGGAGUAGUCAGCUUUGCAUUUGGGGGUAAACAGCGGCGCCUUCCCGCUCUAACAACUCAUUUCCUCAUUCGAGCAUCUCAGCUUCUCUCACAGCCUGACCACCCCAUGUACCAGCCAGUACUCAACUAUCUCUUCAUCAGACCUGCUUUUGAAUUGUAUUAUGUCCCAGAGUUAUAUGAAUUCUAUAACUCAGAUCAUAUAACUGAUAAUAGGUUACAUAGAUCAUUCCUCUUAACAACACUUUCUACUGGUAUUCGACAGAUUCUAGAUUACAGGAUUUGUCAGAAAACCUACACCAAUACCUUGAUGAUAGCCAUGCUUCAGGCUCCCUCGGUGGAUAAUGAACUUCGAGUGCAGGUUCUUGAAGUAUUAGAAGCUAUAGUUCGCAUCCAUCUUGGGGCUGUGGAACUAGUAAGGAAUCAGAAUUUGUUGACUGUGUUACCACUGGUAGCCUUACCGGUAAACACUGCUGCUCCCAAGAGUGAUGCUUCCUCAAGAGUAACCACAUCUGGUAACCCCAUAAUUUUGGCAGCAGUUCUGAAUGUCCUAUCAGCUUUGUGGUCUACUGUCAUUGACAGCAUCACAAGGAAAGAUAUUACUGCCAAUUAUCCUGCUGAAGAUGAAGAAAACGAACCUCAAGAACCUGAAUGUGAAGAUGACCGCAAAAGAAAAAGAGUUCAUGAAGAUGGCUCCAAAUAUAGGAAGAAAAUGAAGAAGGAUUAUACUGACAAUGAUUCUCAGGCUGAUGAGCCUCGGAAAAAGAUGCUUCCCCCCUUGUUUAUUCAUGAAUUUUUAAAUUGCUUGUCCCUCCUGACACCUACUGUUAUUUCAUAUGCUUCACUAGCUACUACGACACAACAUCUUGUGCUCCUUGCAGACUAUGUGCAAUAUGUAGAUACAAUUGCUGAAAUAAUAGACAAAAAGGACAAAUUUCGUUCUGUAGCUUUAGCUCCUGAAGUAAUUAAACAAAAGGUUUUUGAUAACAUCGGAUGGGACCUUUUAUAUGAUCGUCUUCAGGAACGGCUGAGUGACGAUGAUGAGAUUAAAUUGCUUGGCAGUAAGGCGAUAAGUAUGCGGGAAAAGUGGCUAAGUGAACCUCUCGCAAAGUAUCUUCAGAAGAAAGAAAAGGCUGUGUCACUGGAUAAAGACAAAGAUGAGCCACUUCAGAACUUAAGAAAUGCAGCCAUAAAACUUUUAAGUGUAUUGGGAAAAUAACUAUAAAUGAACUACAGGUUAGUUGUUAAUAUUGUAAGCAUAUUUGUUAUAUUCAUUUGAAAAAAAAGAUACUAUAUGUAAUUGUAAAUACUGUCAACUAAAUAUGAUCCUCAGAAUUCCUUAAGUCUCAGAAAUUAUGUACAGUAUGUCCAAGACAUAAUUUUGAUAAUAAAGAUUUUUGUUUUA